AACACAUUUCAAAGAUUUUCAACACACGACUGUGUCAUUUCCUUUCCUUGUGGGUCAGAUGCUGAAAUACUAUGUGAUAAAGAUUUUAGGUUUCAAUUGUAAAGAGAGGGAAGUGGACAAAUCAGUGCUGCGUAUUCGACCAACAAUGACAGAGGAGAUGAUAGAGAAACAGUGGCUCUGCUCUGAUGAACGAGAGGAUGCAGACGGCUACUCAGAAUCAGUGAAAUUUGAUGCACGCUCAAUGACAGCAUCACUUCCUCCCAAUCCUAAAAAUGGCUCCUCCCUUCACGAGAAACUGAAGUCCUUCAAAGCUGCCCUCGUUGCUCUCUACCUUAUUGUGUUUGCCAUUCUCAUACCUGUCAUUGGGAUAGUGGCAGCUCACCUUAUGAAUUGGGAAAUGAAGAACUGCCUAGUUGGAUCAAUUAACACAAGUGAUACAUCUCAAAGUCCAAUUGGAAAAGAAAACACCAGUAAAGUUGAAAUGAGAUUUACAGUUGUCAUGGAACACAUGAAGGACAUGGAAGAGAAAAUCCAAAGCAUUUCAGAGUCAAGAGACAGCCUUGUAGAUGCGGAACGCUUCCAGAAUUUCAGCAUGACAACCAACCAAAGACUUGAUGAUGUUCUUAUGCAGUUAAAUUCCUUGAUUUCAUCAGUCCAGGAACAUGGGAACUCACUAGAUGAAAUCUCCAAGUCCUUGCAGACUCUCAAUACCACACUGCUUGAAGUCCAGCUCCGUACAGAAACACUUAAUCUCAAAGUCAUUGAAUUUACAGUCAAGCAACAGGAGGAUAUCAGUAAGUUAGAGGAACGAGUCAGCAAAGUAUCAGCAGAUAUUCAGUCUGUGAAAGAAGAACAAGAGCACGUGGAACAGGAAAUAAAACAGGAAGUGAAAGCACUGAAUAACAUCACCAAUGACCUCAGACUGAAGGACUGGGAACACUCACAGACACUGAAAAAUAUCACCUCAAUUCAAGGGCCUCCUGGACCCCGAGGUGAAAAAGGAGACAGAGGACUCAGAGGAGAAGUUGGUCCACCUGGUAGUCCAGGUUUAAGAGGUAUUCCAGGUCUUAAAGGUGAUCGGGGACUAACUGGCCUCCAGGGAAGUCGGGGAUACCCCGGGGCACCAGGAAAGGCUGGGAGAUCAGGAUAUCCUGGACCUAAAGGCCAAAAGGGAGAAAAGGGGAGUGCAGGAACCUCAAGAUCAGUAUAACUCCCUGAUCAUCUUGGGGCAGGACCCUUUUAAGAUCAGGUGGGCUGGGCAGAGCAAUCUGCUAUCAUCUUCUUAAAAGACCCUUCACCUCUGGACAACUCAUCAACACAAGUGACUUCUGGGAUCCUUUCGCAACUCCUCCAAAUGACGUUGGUUCCUGUGCCAUGUCAUGCCUGGCUUCUCCAUGACUUCCUCUCCUGACCCUGAGUACUGUUUGGGCCUCCAGUGCCAUGAGUGCCAUUAUGUUCUCUGCUACAAUGACCCCCAUCCUCUGUCACCCUUCACCUAGAUGCCCCCAUGUGCUGACUGGUGGGACGUUCCUGCCUCCUUCAAACCUUCUGCUGUUCACUCCCCUAAUCUUGCAGAAUCCCACUGCGUUCUAGGAAAAAGCUUAAUGGAUUUUUGUUAAAUAUGGUUUCUUUAGGCAUAAGCCCUUUUUAUUAAAUAAAAAUAGGGAAGAAAAUGGAAAAAUAUCUGUCCAUCCAUCCAUCCAUCCAUCCAUCCAUCUAUCCAUCCAUUCAUUCAUUCAUUAUUUAGCAUAAGUUUAUCAUGCACUAUUUGGAGCCAGUCUUAACAGCUAUGAAUAUAUAUUUUCUAACUUUAUAGAACUAAUUACUCCUAAGAGACAUAAAUAUACCAGUUACAAACAAAAAAGAAAAGAAUGGAGCUGUAUAGAUAUUGAGAGGAGGAAAAUAAUCUUAAUACCUUAGUAUAUUAAAAAUAGCUUUAUUUUUAUUGUUUGUUUCACUUUCCUACAUUCUUAUUCUCCAAAUCAAAGCAGCACACACAGACACACACACAUAUAUAUCUGUAUUGGAGAGAGAGAUACAGUUGAACUUGGAUAAUUUCACAUUUGAAUGAGAGCCAAACAUUACUUCAAUAGUUGCCUAUCCAAUUCAAACAAAAAAUUUUGAUCAUGAAAAAAAAUCAAUGUUUAUUUUUAUUCUAGAAAGUUUUUUAAAUUUAUUUUUAUUUUAUGUUAUAUAUAUAUAUAUAUAUACUAGAUAAUCAAUAUUUCAGUAGGAAUGGAGAUAUUUUCUGUAAGUUAAAAUGGGGAAGAAAUAAUAAAGAUAUAAGAUGACACAUUGAUUCCAUGUGUUGCUUCUCUGAGUUAAAAGAGAGUAUUUUUCAGGAUUUUCCCUUUUUCUUUUUAAUGCUUUAACACUAAAUUCUAACGCCCACAGCAUUAAGAUAGCAGCAGAAUCCUAAUUGUAAGCCUUUGUAUAUCUCACUUUUCCCAUUUUCUGCUCUGCCAAAUGAUCAUGUCAAUUCCUACCUCACAGGGUUGUUGUGAGGACCAAAUUAUGUGUGAAGAUAUUCUGUAAAAUCAUGAAGACCUUUAAAAUCAUAAGAAUAGUUCACAGCAUUCAUUUGCUGUUUUUUUUUAAUGCAGACAUAUUAAAUCUGUAAUCAUAUCAGGACUGAAAGCAAAAUGGAAAUGCCAGAAGCCCAAUAUAUUUUUUGGGGGGCAAAAAAAGGAUGUUAUAGAAUAAGACAAGAUUUCUGUGUUAUAUGGAACAAUGCCAGAAUGCCCAGAUCACACAUCAAUGAGUUUGUCUCCCCAAAGCAGAGGAGUGUUAGCUGUAAGAAGGAGAAGCUGUAAGAGGCCAGAGCUGUUGACAGAGGUCAGAACAAAAUGUCAAACUAAUAAAACAAAAGUCUGGGUUGUGUAGGACAGAACCUGAGCCAAAGACAUUUCUGUUGAGGAAGUCCUGAAAAGGACAGCAACAAAUUGGCAUUGUCACUGGUACUAAGUUAGGUCUCUGCCUUCAUGCCACCAUGAUAUGAUCAAAUCUUGUCCUGAGGAAAAAGAAAAAGGGAAUUACCCAGCGAUUCUGGUUGUCUGCAGUAUUAACAGACUAGUUAUUCUGUGAAAACAUCUAGAGAAAAUUGGAUUUGUGCCUGUGGCUUAAUUGGCCUGUGCUGUGAAGUGUGGGUGACUGUUUUCUUGUGCCAGAAGGCAUAGCUGUGGACAAUUUUGGCUCCAUACAGAAUGGCCCUGAUCCCAGAUGUGCUGGCAGACAAAUUGUGAGAAUUCAGUUCUCAAGUAAUUUCACAUCCAAAAGUACACAUCAAUGGUUAAGUGUGGAGUCUGAACUUUCCAAAUAAGUGAAAGCAGCUCUGCUUUUCUCUUUAGAUAAAAAUAGAUGCUGAAUGCCCUGUUCAAAGGCAUCAAUUAUCCCAUCUUUUAUAAUGCAUAAUGAAAAGUGACAGAUGGUAUGUUCUGUUGCCAGGCUAAGUAGAAAGGGUGUUUUAGUCAAGCAGGGGAACUAUAUAAGUAAACACUGUGAGGCACCACCCUGAAGAGGCUUAUUGCUUAUCUGUGAUAUGUCAGCAUGCUUUGCUCACGAUCAAGGAGAGAGAUAGGAUUUGAAUUUUCAGUAUCUUCUUUUGAAACUCAUACAAUGAUAUGGAAAGGAAUGUAUUUGCUUUGAUUUACACUAAGAACUCAACUCAACCUUAAAUAAACUCCUGGUCUUUCUCAAAGCA